CUAAAACAUAAUACAGUGCAAACAAACCAAACCAACCACCCACAGAUAACAGUACAUACAAGCAAGCGUCGUCAGGCAGGGCCGGGUCAAUAUCAAUAGGGCAGGUAGGUACAGGGGGAGCAGGCGGAGAUUGGUCGGGGUCACAGGCCAGGUUCAGCAGGUAGCAAGCAGCGUGGUACAGAGGGUCAGGCAGAGGGAUGGUCAGGAGCGAGCCGGGAUCAGAGCUCGAGAAGUCAGCAGCGGUUCAGAUCAGGCAGGGUCAGCAAAGGAACAGAAACAGGAUGCAGGACAGAUACAGGGCCCAGGACAAACACAACACCAAGGCCGAGUCUGCAAGUCUGGCC